ACGCUCCGGACAUCUCAGGACGACCUCUGUUUGACCUCUUUCCCCCCCAACAAUGGACCCCGUGUACGAGAGCCCCGAGUUCCCCAACGAGAACCAGUCAACGGGGCUUUAUGACUUGCCCUACGAGUCGCCCUACGAGUCGACCUACGAGUCGACCUACGAGUCGGCCUACGCCGAGCCCUCAGAGCUGACAGUGGAGUACGAGAACACCGGACCGGCCCAAGGACGCAAAUUAUCCACACCGCCUGCCCUCCCCCCGCCUCGCCUUUCCACGGAGGACAGGCGAAGCAGUUCCUCGUCUUCCUCAUCCUCAUCUUCCUCGUCUUCCUCGUCUUCCUCGCAUUCCAAAGACCAAGAGAAUGGGGAGGUGGAGGACCGGAAGGAGGAAGAGAAAGAGGACAAGAAAGAGGAAGAGGAAAAGGAAGAGGAGAAGAUAGAGGUGGAGGAGAGCAGCAAUGAGCUGAAUUGGGAGAGGAGGUCUCCGGAGGUGGAGCGCGGGUCUCCGGAGGUGGACCGUGGGUCUCCAUCACGCAGAUCCUCGUCUUCGUCAUCAUCUUCAUCGGCCUCUGAGAAGGAGGAACCUGAGGAAAAGCCAGAGCCCGAAAAAGAGGGGCCUAAUAUCCAACUUUAUGUCAAGGCUGGGAGUGAUGGGGAGAGCAUCGGCAACUGUCCCUUCUCUCAGCGCCUCUUUAUGAUCCUCUGGCUGAAAGGGGUCGUCUUCAAUGUCACCACCGUUGACCUCAAGAGAAAACCGGCUGACCUUCAUAACCUGGCCCCGGGGACACACCCGCCCUUCCUCACCUUCCAGGGGGAGGUUCUCACUGACAUCAACAAAAUAGAGGAGUAUCUGGAGGAGAUGCUGACUCCACCAAAGUAUCCCAAACUUGCAGCAAAGAAUCGGGAAUCGAACACAGCAGGGAACGACAUAUUUGCCAAGUUCUCCGCUUUUGUCAAAAACACAAGACCGGAUAAAAAUCGAGCAUUAGAGAAGAGUCUGGACAAGUCCCUGGCUAAGCUGGAUGAGUAUCUGACGAGUCCUCUACCUGAUGAGGUUGAGGUGGGACACCACAGAGGCGAGGGCGAGUCCAAACGCAAAUACCUGGACGGAGACGAACUGACGCUGGCUGACUGCAACCUUCUGCCCAAACUUCAUGUUGUCAAGGUUGUUGCGAAGAAAUACCGGAACUAUGACAUCCCGACUGAAUUCAGAGGGUUGUGGCGUUACCUCAGCAACGCCUACAGCCGGGAUGAGUUCACCAACACGUGCGCAGCCGACGUGGAAAUCGAGCUAGCCUACAAGGACGUUGCUAAGAGGUUGGGGAAGUGAAUGCAUCACUACCACAGUCACUGUGGUACCUUUCUCUCCUUUUAGGAAAUCUACUGAUUCACACGCAGACGCAUAUACAGUCUUUACAUAUGUUAAGACUAGUGUGCUGAAAUGUGGUAAAAUGUAGCACAGUGGUGUGGUACCUCAAAGAGAAGACAAACUAUUCGUUUUAAAGAUGCUGUGCAGCAUCUCAAGUCUGUAAUAAUACCGACUAUGAACAAAUGUAAGACGCUGGAAUUGUUUGUUUAUAGUGAUUAUAUUGCUGAUAUUUCUAGUGGAGGUGUAAAAGGUUAAAGGGACCCCAAAAUCAAAAAUGCAUAUUUUCUCUAUAUUUUUUUUACUUCAGUUCUUAUAUGAAACUGUUCCCAACACGAUCUGUGGAUUAUCCUGAGAAACCGUGUCAUGAAUUCUGGAAAUAGAAAGUUCUGUAGAGAUUUUCAAAUGUAUGUUUUGGCGCUUUAAGCACGGCAAGCCGAGUCCCAUUAUAGUGAGAGAAGGCAGACAUCUCCAACACUAGGAUCCUCACACCAAAACAAAUAUAGAUUGAUAUAUUACACCACAGAUAAGAGGAAAAAAUAUGUAUUUCUGAUUUUGGAGAGAACUGUCCCUUUAAGGGGGGGAAAUGAAAUGUAGCAGAUCCCCAGUCAGUUGUAGGUUGUUUCCUCCUGAGCUCUACCGAAGUAUUACUCGUUUCUGCUCACAGUUAAUCUGCCUAUUAAACCUGAACACUUAUGUUGUAAAUUUACAUAUGUAAUAGGAAUAAUGCCGUGCGUAAAUCAAUGUUUGAUUAUUUGACCUGUUAAAUACUGUUAAUGUGUUUUAGCCAAAGUAAUUUGUCUUUUAUUGUGGCAGCGUUAGAGAUAUGGCUUCUCACGCCUUUUCUUUUAAAGAGGCAAUGAUUAAAUGAUUGACUUUUAAAGUGUCACACCAUACUUAAUGUAUAAUACUGAUCGUGAAAUGGUCACAUUUUCAAAGCGUAUUUCGGAUUAAAACUAUAUUUUAAAUUUGAUAAAUCAGCCAAUAGUGAAAAGAAUAAAGCUAAUUUUAAUCACAAGUGCCUUCUUGGGAAUCAAACUCUCCUCUGCCUUCAGCUCUUUAUGUCUGUACAGUUAAUUAUAUAUGCCUAAGUAUAAUAUGAAUGUGAAUUAUUGAUGUCAUCAAAGGACUUCUCCUGCCCCAACAGGGCCGUUUGAUAAUGAUAUAAGCUUAAAUUCUCUGUAAAUGAUUGGAGCUCAACUAUCCUCAUAUUCUUUCUGAUGAUUAGAACCAUGAGCCCACUGUGUAUAUGUCGCUUUAUUUG